AAUUCGUGUUAUUGCUUUCAUUGGGCAGUUAUGUUUUUAUUGAUGUGUUAAUUAGGCAGGUUACCUACCUUAUUAAAUUAUAGUCGAGGGUGGAGUAGUUAUCUUCUUAUUCGGCGUCUUGUUCUUCCGAUUUGGCUAUUUGUCGAUGGUGAGAAUGGAGUUUAAGGGCUGUUUCAGGAUCAAUGUCCACCAUGGUGGGAUUUUUUCCAAUGACUAUGGGAAAUACGUUGCUGGGACAAUCACGGUUCUCGCUAAUGUGUCCAUUGAAAGUUGGUCUAAGGAACACUGCAUUCGUAUGCUUAAACAUUACUUAUCAAUUGACGCUGAGUACGUUUAUCUUAGAUAUCUGAGCAAUUCAUCUUUGUUUUCUAAUGGUCUAUUGGAUGUUAAAGAUGAAAAGGAUUAUAUGGAAAUGUGAAUCACCGGUCUUAUGAAAGGGGCUGUUGAGUUAUACGUGUCUCAUCCUAUUGUUGAUUUGUCAUCGUGUAAUGAUUCAGAGGAACAUGGUUCAUAUACUGCGUGUUCUUCGGGAAGUUCAAUUUCGGCCUAUUUUAGACGUGGAAGUCUAGAUCGAGUGAGGCCGAGAUUCUCAUUGAGGUUGGCUUCACUGAGAGGUAGAUCAGGUUUUAUAUUACAUGAUUAUCCAGGUGCUUGUGACAAUACUGGUUUCUACGUAUUGCACACAAGGAUGUAUGAGAUGAGCCAAAUAGUUAUUAGUGAUGGCAAUGGUGGUGGUAGUGAUGGAUAGUGUUCCACAGUUUGUUGAAGAAAUUUCGUCGUGGAGUGUAUUACAGUUAUCACAGGAUCUUUACUCCAUCGAACGUAGCCCACUCCUGCUAAUUUGAGAAAUUUUGAUAUUUUGUUGUGUCUUUGCAUAGGAGGAUGAGCGAUUUUUAAACACUAUGAUGUUGUACUUUGUUUUUUUCGCUUUAAUGUCUUGAAAUCCUGACCUUUCAUUUUGCACUGGCUUUCGUGAGAUGCGUGUAGGUGGUUUGUUCUUUCUGGCGGCGAUUGUGUAUGAAGCAGUUAUUGUGUUUGAUGUGUGUGACUAUCCGUAGUGGGUUUUAAUUAGCAGAGUGGACGUUUGAUGAUGUUUA